AUGGCAAAUUUGGACGCUUUUAGCGACAGCGCGUCGCAGUUUGUUCGAUUGCCAAGGUGCAGACCGAAACAUUCCACAUCAGCUCCGCUAAUUUCAAUCAUCAUUAUGAUCGAUUUGUUCACAAUUGUUGGAAAAGGUGGUUUAGUGCUUUGGUAUUUCCAGCAAAGCGGCCAGAUGUUUGCUGAUUCUAUCAAUGAAUUAAUUCGAGAGGAGCGGAGUAGCGGUAACAUGUUCAAACACAACAAUGUAACCAUAAAGUAUAAACUGGAUAAUGAAUUUGAGCUUAUUUUCCUGGUGGUUUAUCAAAGUGCGAUACAGCUUUCGUUUACGGACCAACUUCUUACAGACGUUCAGAGGCGUUUCAGGGAUAUGUAUAAAAAUGUCUUACUAGACAACAAGACCCUUUAUACGGGCGGCUACAAAAUAUUUAAGCAGUUUACAGAUUCGUUUCAGAAGAUCUAUCUUGAAGCACAAGCUGCGAACGUGUCCAAACCUGCUAAAGUGAUGCGAACAUUUGAGGAAAGUGAAAAGUCAAAAAAGACUGUUGCGUCGAUGAUUGAACGCCCUAGUGACAGAGCACAAAAAGCAAAUAAAGAAAAAGACGGCGGAAGUAAAGCGAAACAAGUGCCUGAAAAGGCUGCCGCAAAAGAAGUAAUUGUGAAUAAAGUCGAAACGGAGAGGAAAACUGCUGAACCAGUACUGGUUCCUCCUAAGUCGCCGAAAAGUGACCAUGAUGAUGAGGAGAUGCGUAAAAGAAGGGCGGAAUUUUUCAAAAAGAAAGGAGGAACUUCAAAGAAGCAUUUCGCUUUAACCGGUGAAGUAGAAAAGCACGGUGUGGCUGAAGUGAAGAAAGGUAAGCAAGCUAGGGUUUGGGGAUUGAGUGGAAAUGUUAGUGCUGCUGAUGCAGCUGUGCUGGAUUAUAGCAAAAUCGGUGGCAGUGGUGAUGAUGUUGCACAAACGGAAACUGAAGAUGCUAGAUUUGUUGAGGACCAGAGGCGAUUUGUUGGUCAUUUAAAAGGUGAACUUCCAGGACUGGAUGAAGAAGAUAGUGAGGAAGAGCUGGAAGAAGAUGAGGAAGAAAUGGUAGUGGCUGAUAGUCAGAAAGGCGGUGGAUGGUUUUCUGCUUUUAAAUCUUUGGUCGGAAACAAAAAAUUAACUAUGGAGGAUAUACAACCAGUAGUUGAUAAGAUGCGUGAAACUCUAAUAGCUAAGAAUGUUGCUGCGGAACCUGCAGAAAAACUCUGUCAGUCUGUAGCGUCAAAGUUGGAAGGCAAGGUUGUUGGCACAUUUAACCGUGUUACCAACAUAGUGAAGGAGGCAUUUCGUGAAUCAUUGGUUCAACUGCUUACUCCUAAAAGACGUGUAGACAUUUUACGCGAUGUUAUGGAGGCUAAGCGUGAGGGACGUCCUUAUGUGAUUGUUUUUUGUGGCGUCAACGGAGUCGGAAAAUCAACUAACCUAGCGAAAAUCACUUUCUGGCUAAACGAAAAUGGUCAUCGGGUGUUGAUUGCUGCUGGGGAUACGUUUCGUGCGGGAGCAGUAGAACAGUUGCGUACGCACACAAAACAUUUGAAUGCUCUUCAUCCUAAUCAUGUUCAGCUUUAUGAGCAGGGUUACGGUAAAGAUCCAGCCGGUUUGGCUGCUGCUGCUGUCUCAAUUGCGGUUGAGAGACAGAUUGAUGUCGUGCUAGUUGACACAGCAGGUCGCAUGCAGGAUAACGAACCGUUGAUGCGUUCUCUUGCAAAAUUGAUUCGGGUAAAUGAACCAGAUCUUGUUUUGUUCGUUGGUGAGGCUUUAGUCGGCAAUGAAGCUGUUGACCAGCUUGUUAAGUUCAAUCAAGCACUUGCGGACCAUGCGGCGAUGAAUGCGGACGCUCGACUUAUUGAUGGAAUAGUUUUGACGAAGUUUGAUACAAUUGAUGACAAAGUUGGAGCAGCCGUAUCUAUGACAUAUAUUACUGGUCAACCUAUUGUUUUUGUUGGAACCGGUCAGACCUACAAAGAUCUGAAAAAUCUGAAUUCAAGUGCCGUGUUUACACUAGAAAAACUAUAG